CCUCUUGCGGAUCACUGAGACUCGGCGACACCCACAAUGUCGAUCGACUACCUUCUCCACGAAAGCCCCAUUGGCUAUGCGGUCUUCAAGGUUAUCUUGCAGCCCGAUACGAUAGGUAGCCGCCUCCAGGAAGUGCAGAAAGCUGUGCAGGACUUGGACAAAUUCGGAAAGACCGUCGAACUCGUCGGCCUUGCGCCGUUCCAAGGCACCCAAGAUGCGCUCCAGGAAAUCAACGAUAUCAGUGAGGGUAUCUUGUCUGACUUUCUGCGCGCAACGCUCGAGACCAACCUCCCGAAGGCUGGAAAGAAAAAGACCAUCACCCUAGGUGUCAGCGAGAAAAACUUGGCAGGAAGCAUCAAGGCGGCCUUUCCCAACCUCUCGUGCGAGACCAGCGAUACGUCCGAAGUCACCGGCGACCUGCUCCGUGGUCUCCGCCAGCACUCGGGCAAACUCAUUAAGAAGCUCCAGCCUGGCGACAUCGACAGGUCCAUUCUCGGUCUUGGUCACGCUUACUCGCGAGCGAAGGUGAAGUUCAGCGUCCAGAAGCAGGACAACCACAUCAUUCAGGCCAUCGCGACUCUUGAUCAGAUCGACAAGGAUCUGAAUCAAUUCUGCAUGCGCCUGCGCGAGAAUUACGGAUGGCAUUUCCCAGAGCUUUCCAAGAUCGUGUCCAACAACGAGCAGUACGCCAAGGUCGUUCUUGCGAUUGGUAACAAGUCGCGCCUCACCGAGGACGAUCUUCACGAUUUGGCCGCUGUUGUGGACGACGAUGAGGGGGUUGCGCAAGCUAUUGUCAAGGCUGCUCGGACGAGUAUGGGACGAGACCUGUCUGAAGCUGACAUGGAGAUUGUCAUGGCUUUCGCAAAGCGCACUGCUUCGUUGGCCGCGUACCGAAAACAGCUCUCCAACUACCUUGGAAGCCGCAUGGGCCAAGUUGCUCCUAACCUUGCUGCUCUUAUCGGCGACACCGUUGGAGCGCGCCUCAUUUCCAAGGCCGGAUCCCUGACGAACUUGUCCAAGUACCCUGCAUCGACUGUGCAAAUUCUUGGUGCUGAGAAGGCUCUAUUCCGAGCACUCAAGACUAAGGGUAACACGCCUAAGUAUGGUCUCAUUUACCACUCGUCGUUCAUUGGAAAGACGGGCGCGAAGUCCAAGGGCCGGAUAUCUCGUUUCCUCGCCAACAAGUGCUCCAUUGCGUCAAGAAUCGACAACUUCUCUGACACCCCAACCUCUAAAUUCGGUGAAGCUUUGAAGCGCCAAGUCGAAGAGCGAAUCGAGUUUUACGCGUCCGGCGCGCCACCUGCGAAGAACUCCGCUGUCAUGCAGGCGGCUAUGAACUCCGUGCUGGCAGACAUCGGUGUUGAGGACCCCACCGCGACUGCGACUGAAGACGUUGAGAUGGCUGACGGUGUCACGGCCGCCGCUACCGAACAGGCUGCUCGCAAGGAGAAGAAAGAGAAGAAGGACAAGAAGAAGGAUAAGAAAUCGAAGCACGCUGAUGAGGAGGAGGUUUCUGAGAAGAAGUCCAAGAAGGACAAGAAGCGGAAACACGGUGACGACGAUGGCGAGAGCAAAAAGAAGAAGAAGAGCAAGGCAUAGUUGACUGAUCCUCUGGAUUGAGCAACACACUUGCUUUUGUAUUCGUAUGCUGCUUGUAUCGGCGUUGUAUGGUGGACUGGGUAUUUUCGGGCGUUUUUUUG